CAACAGAUCACCACACUUGAGUCUAUUUUCCUAAUAGAAAUGAUAACAUUAAUAACCUUUUCGUCAUCCAAUUCACGGCUGAUCCCCCAGAGUUGGCUGCGUCAUUUCUCCAAAGAACAGCAGGAACAACAUAUGCGAGUUCGAGUGGCCGGUGGGCAGGCCUGUGGAGAAGUACGAGGUCCUGGAAGUUCAGGUGCUCCAACACAGCCGGUACUUCACCAACAAGGUUCUGGGACGCUACGGCAUGGUGCUUCAACAAGUGGCCGAGGAAGGAUACGCAUCCGUCGAGGACGAUGUCGUCGACGACAACAACAAGCCGGUGGCCAACGCAAAGAUUAUAAUGGAGGUCAGCUACACGGCACCCGAUGGCUCGGUGGGCGCCUGGCAUGCCCCUGGCCUGCCCACUAACCUGGGAAGUUUCGACGACGACCGGCAGGCGCUGCUCGACAUCGAGCAGAACAUCGCCAACCUGCAGCGCACGUACGCCGCAGCGGCCGCGGCUCAAACUACGCCGGGAGGCGGCGGACCGGCGGGGGCGGACGGUGGUGCCUCGAUGGCGCUGCUGCAGUCUUCGUCGCAGCAGCAGCAGCAGCCAAGCUACGGGACCAGCGACGGCGGAGGCGGCGGCUUCUCUGAUGACGAGACACGAAGCAAGCAUGGUUCCGUCAUCAGCUUGUUCGCGCCCACGCCCAACAAGUCGCCCGACCGAAAGCGAUCCCUGCCCGCGGCCAUGAAGACCUUGGCCGUGGCCCUCAAGAUCUCCAAGCAACGUCCCCCGGGUGACGCCGAGGAGAGGGUCAAGCUGAAGGACGCGGAAGACGUCACGCAGUACGGAUCGACGCAGUCCUUGCAGCGGCGGCUGAGCGAUCAGACGCUGUACCUGCUCUCAGGAGGCGAUGCUGCCGAGAGCACCAUGUUUUCCGACGAGCCGUUCGCCAUGGACACGGCGCCGUACUCCAUCACGACUCCCGUGGUCAUCACGAGGCCCAAGUUAAGGCAAGACAUCACAGCUACGUCGGCGCUGAAAGCACAGGAUUUCCAGGUCUGCGUGACAAUAAUUGAAGGUCGACAUCUUGCUGGUCUCAACAUGGAUCCAGUUAUAUGUGUGCAAGUUGGAGACCAGAAGAAGUAUACUUCAGUUAAGGAAUCAACAAAUUGUCCAUACUACAACGAGUACUUCGUCUUCGAUUUUCACAUGGCGCCGUCAAUGUUGUUCGACAAAAUCGUCACGCUAACGGCGUUACACAACCGCAACAUAAUUCGUUCGGGAAAAGUAAUCGGCACCUUCAAGCUCGACGUUGGGACAGUCUUCAACCAGCCGGAGCACCAGUUUUAUCACAAGUGGGCCGUCCUUACGGACCCGGAUGACAUGACGGCUGGUCCCAAGGGCUACAUCAAGUGUGACAUAUCGGUCGUCGGCAAAGGGGACACGAUAAAGCCGGCGCCGAAGAAGGAAACGGAUGACGACGACAUAGAAGGGAACCUACUCCUGCCGGACGGCGUCCCCGCCGAACGCCAGCACGCCCGCUUCAUCGUCCGCGUGUACCGGGCCGACGGCCUGCCCAGGGUCAACUCGGGCCUCGUCGCCAACGUCAAGAGGGCCUUCUCGGGCGAGACCCGGGAGCUCAUCGACCCCUACGUGCAGGUGUCCUUCGCCGGACUCACGGGGCGAACAACAGUGAAGAAAUCCUGCUGCUCUCCCGUGUGGAAUGAGCAGCUCGCGUUUACGGAGAUGUUCCCGCCGCUGUGCCAACGAAUCAAGAUUCAGCUGAGAGACAACGACGCCGUGAACGACACGGUGGUCGCCACGCACUUCCUCGAGAUGUCCAAGAUCGCCAACGAAGGCGAUAAAGGCUUCCUUCCGACCUUCGGGCCAUCCUUCAUCUACCUGUACGGUUCCACGCGCGAGAAGUCUCUCUUCGAGGAGCACGCGCCGCUGAACGACGGCCUCGGCGAAGGGGUCAUGUACCGGGGCCGACUCCUGAUCGCCGUGCGCACAGAGAUCUUCGACGCGCUCGACAUGACGCAGUCCAGCGUCGAACUCGAACCCACGCCGACCGUCAACGAGGCCUCCUACGCAAAGAACGAGAAUUUUCUCCUUUUCGGGACCAUUCUAGAAGCCUCGAUGAUCGACAGAAAAGUUGGCGAGAAGCCAAUUUACUUUGAGCUGAGCAUAGGCAAUUCGGGCAACACCCUGGACGGGGCGAGCAAGUGGAAGGACGACUCGCUCGAGCCUUCCAGCGGCGGCAGUGGUGGCGGGGACGACGAGAGAACCGCACUGCUCGAGUCCGUGGUCGUCGAGCCGGUCAUCUCGCACUCCACCAGCCACCCGGUCAAGCCCGUCACCUCGGACAGGUGUUACUACCACCUACCAUACGGGGACAACAAGCCCUGUCUGUGGGUUAAGAGCACGUGGCAAGAUUAUCGGAGGCGGCUCUACAACUCGAACAUGAUCCUGAGGGUGAAGGAGAAGCUGGAAGCGGGCCUCGCGGACAUUCAAGAGAUGAUACGCCUCGAAAAAUCUCACACCGACCGUCGAUUGAGAGGUGUCCUCGAAGAACUGUAUACUGGAGCAGAGCGGUAUCUUAACCAAGCAAAGAGUCAAGGGCCCACGGGCAAAACCAGACUGGACAAGGAGCGCCUGAAGCACUGCCAACGCGAAAUGGAUCACGUGCGAAGUAUGGCAAGGACUAUGAAAGCGCUCGUCACGAAGAACUCGUUUAAAGAAAAACUCAGGAGCACCUACGGUCUCUUGCAGAAGAUGGCCGAACUCGUCGACGACCCUCAACAUUCCCUGCCAGAUGUUUUCGUGUGGAUGAUAAGCGGCGGCAAACGGGUCGCGUACCACCGCAUACCUGCGAGAGAUCUUAUCUACUCAAUAAUAGAGGAAGAGACCGGCAAGUUCUGUGGCAGGGUGCAGACGCUUUUCCUCAAGCCUGGCAAGAAAGUCAGCCAAAGUGCUCGCUGGAUGGUGCAAGCGAAGCUCCGCAUGUACCUCUGGCUAGGCACCACCAAGAACAAGCACUGUGUGCUCAAGGGCUUGCCCGAAGGUUACGUCAAGGACGUCGAGGACAUUGACAAGGGACCGCCAUCGCAGCUUCAUUACACGGAAAAGUCCACCUUCGAACUUCGGGCACACAUGUACCAGGCGCGGUCCCUCAUCGGAUCAGACUCUUCCGGACUCUCCGAUCCUUUCGCGAGAGUCGUAUUUGGGGACCAGAGCCAGACGACCAUGGUUAUCGACGAGACACUCAGCCCCACCUGGGACGAGAUGUUGCUGUUCCCCAGUGUGACAGUGUACGGCAGAAAAGAAGACAUCAAGGAGGACCCUCCCGUCGUUGUCAUCGAGAUCUUCGAUCAGGACAAAGUGGGAAAGUCUGAAUUCAUCGGUAGGACGAUAGCCAGACCUCACGUGAAGUUCGAAGACGAUUCCAGCUGCCAGCCACCAUCGCUGGAGUGGCAUGACCUGUACCGGGGAACCGAGCCGGCGGGAGAGCUGCUCGCCACUUUCGAGUUGCUGCGGUUCUCACCUCAAGAAGAAAAAUACGACAUGCCGGAACUUCCGAUGCCAAAAGAGAACGUGUUCCGUUCCAGCGAAAGGGGCCCCGUCUACCCUGUACCGAAAGGGAUACGACCGACUUUGUCCACAUAUAGGAUAGAGGUGCUGUUCUGGGGCUUGCGCGAGUUGAAACGCGUGCACCUGAUGAGCGUGGACCACCCCCGAGUGGACGUCGAGUGCGGUGGUCACGUGCUCCAGUCGUCCGUCAUCCUCAACUGCAAGAAGAACCCGAACUUCUCCACGCCCGUCAAGUUCCUGGACGUGGCGCUGCCGGACCAAGAGACGUACUGCCCGCCGCUGACGAUCCGAGUCAUCGACUGUCGCAGCUUCGGGCGCUUCACCCUGGUGGGCACGCACGUGGUCAACUCCCUGCACAAGUUCCUCUUCCGGCCCCAGUCGCGGUCCUCUUCCAGGGACCACCGCAACCGAAGCUCGUCGCAGACCUCCUCUUCGCUGCACAUCGAUGAAGGUGUCUUGGUAGACGUCGAAGCUGACUCCAACAUAUUGUCGACAAAGGAAACGCUCAUAACGCUGGACUACGGCUUCAGGAGCAAGAAGGAGAUCAAGAGCGAAGCCAACAAGCGGAAGAAGAAGAUGGCGACCGAGGACCCCGGUCACGACGAAGAGAACCGGGACUGGUGGAGCCGGUACUUCGCCUCGGUAGAGCAGGCCGCCAAGGACUCGAGCGAUAAUAACGGACUACCGGGUAACAACUUGAGGGCUGGCGACGACAACUACGACAUGUCCAGCGACGGAGAGAGCCAGCUCAGUGCCAAAGACAUGCGCAAGAUGGAGAAGGAGCUGGAACGGCUCGAGUACAGCCACCAGAAGGACGGGCUGGACAAGAAGAAGAGGACGUUCAAGGGCGCUUCGAGCGCCGUCCGAUUUGCCCAGCGUCUGUCGCCCAAGACGCAGAGGGGGCGCAUACCACAGGAUGGACUGAUCAAGAUCUACCCAACAGAACUCGAGAACGUCCCCGAAUUCAAUGGCUUCCGUGAGUGGCUGCACACGUUCGAACUGUACCGUGGCAAACGAAGUGGAGAUGACCUGGAUGACCAGAACAGAGUCGUCGGUCUCUUCAAGGGCUCCCUACAAGUCUACAGGUUCCCGCUGCCCAAGGACAUCCAGGACUACACGAUAACUGGCGCCGAUCCGACGUACGGGCUUUUUCAGGGACUGCCGAGUAACGAUCCCAUACACGUGCUCAUCAGGGUAUACGUCGUCAAGGCGACAGAUCUUCAUCCGGCGGACAUGAAUGGUAAAGCGGAUCCCUACAUCGUCAUAAACCUAGGAAGCAAGAGGAACAGCGACAAGGAAAACUACGUAUCAAAGCAACUCAACCCAGUGUUCGGAAAGUGCUUCGAGAUGGAGGCCACCUUCCCGCAGGACUCGCUACUGAACGUGCAGAUCUACGACUGGGACUUGCUGGGCAGCGACGACCUCAUCGGCGAGACGAAGAUCGACCUCGAGAACCGUUUCUACAGCCGCCACCGGGCCACCUGCGGGAUACCGCGGAAAUACGAGACGUACGGCCCGAACCAGUGGCGGGACCCCUUGAGGCCAAGUCAAGUGCUGGCCAAACUGUGCCGAGACACCAAGCUGGACGGUCCGCACUUCACCCUGAACCGCGUUAAAGUGGGCACCAAGACGUUCGUCUUUCGCUCGGACUUCGAGGACGAAGGCGGCAAGCUGACGGACGAACACCAAAGCCUGGCGGUUCUCAACCGCUGGGAAGACGUGCCCAAAGUGGGCUGUCCCCUUGUGCCGGAACAUGUGGAGACCAGGGCACUCUACCAUCCGGACAAGCCGGGCAUCGAACAGGGAAAGCUGGAAAUGUGGGUGGACAUGUUCCCCAUGGACAUGCCGCUUCCGGGACCACACGUGGACAUUUCGCCGAGGAAGCCCAAGAGCUACGAAUUACGCAUCAUCAUCUGGAACACAGACGACGUGGUACUCGAAGAUGACGCGUUCUUCACCGGCGAGAAAAUGAGCGACAUUUACGUGAAAGGGUGGCUGAAGGGCCAGGAGGACACUCAGUGCACCGACAUACACUACCGGUCGCUGACGGGCGAAGGCAACUUCAACUGGCGCUUCGUCUUUCCCUUCGACUACCUGCCAGCCGAGGAGAAGAUCGUCAUCUCGCGGAAGGAGUCGCUGUUCUCGUGGGACGAGACCGAGUGCAAGAUCCCGGCGCGACUCGAGCUCCAGGUCUGGGACGCCGACCACUUCUCAGCCGACGACUUCCUCGGCGCCAUCACGCUCGACCUUAACCGGUUUCCGCGCGGCGCCAAGUCCUCCAAGCUCUGCAGCCUCAACAUGCUCAAGGCCGAGGCCAACGUUCCCAUAAUCUCGCUCUUCAAGCAGCGGCGAGUCAAGGGGUGGUGGCCUUUCUUCGUCAAGAAGGAGAACGACGAGAUGGUGCUCACGGGAAAAGUGGAAGCUGAGCUGCACCUGCUCACGAAAGAGGAGGCCGAGAGAAACCCGGCGGGCCUCGGAAGAAACGAACCGGACCCGCUGGACAAGCCGAACCGACCCGACUCAUCCUUCAUAUGGUUCCUGAACCCGCUGAAGUCUAUCCGCUACAUCGUGUGGCACCAGUACAAGUGGGUCAUCAUCAAAGCCAUCAUCGCCAUCCUGCUCAUCCUCCUGCUGGCCCUGUUCUUCUACUCCGUGCCCGGGUACACCGUCAAGCGCAUGCUCGGGGCCUGAACAUGGGACACGGCUCAACACACGCUCGUCCCAGCCUGCUUCCAGUUCAAUCGACCCUCGAAGUGUACCGUAGACUUGCCCCUCGCAUUCUCAAACGAUCCUCCACACGACCACUUUACGUCGACUCCACGAUGAUCGUGAAUUGCAUCUAAUGCUCUGUGCGCCGGGCAGGUAUUUGGGAAUGCACUAACCAUUGAAACUUUUAAAAAAGAAAGAAACGAGGGAACCCAAUCUAUCCGCCGUAUCCACGGCUGACUGGAGAAACACUGCUUGUUGGGGACUCCGCGAGCCGGGUUUGUAAAGGAACAAAACCGCCCGCCUUUGCAGACAGUCAAUCUUGUACACGAGUACCUACCAGCACGUGGCUGCCUUGGCAGCCCCAACCCAGGGACCACGUGGGGCCUGCUUUGAUCACCGUGCUACCCUUGCGCGCCCCCGAGAUCCGGCGCCGUCUCUUCUAAUACAAUUAUCAGGUGCUCUCUUGAGGCCUCCGUUCGCCGCUACUUUCUUUUUUAUUUUAAUUUUUGCAUGCUACAUGAACUCAAAGCACUUGGCAGCACAGUAAACGCAACUCUUCUUUCUUUUUCUGCAAAGAAAGAAUCGCGAAAGAAAGAAGAAGCGUGCCCAAUAGGAAGCGAGAGAGAGUCGUGCGCUGAGACCACACGCACGCACACACCCACAAACGCAUUGCGAAGAGCCCCCGCCCCCCUGUAUCGCGUCGCUGCUGAAAAUUAAGGUGCUAGCUAACGCUAGCAGAAAUAGGGCGCUCCUUUUCGGGCGCGGACGGGUGGCGAGGCCCAGUCAGGCACGUUCAGUGCCUUUUGUCGCGUCCCCCAAGGCAUUUCUGUAAGGAAUGUCUUGAAUAAAGAAAGAAAGAAAGAAAGAAAGAAAGAAAGAAAGAAAGAAAGAAAGAAAGAAAGAAAGAAAGAAAGAAAGUGACAUAAAAGGUGGUCAAGAAAGUUGAUGUCAGCACCACCUCUGGAAAGAAGUGGUCACUGCGCUUCGUUGACACUCCACGGCAAUUCUUGCGAAACAUAGCGUUUUCUUCAAUUGAGGGGCUGGGCACCGGGAUGCUGUGCGAAAUUCGGUGGACUGGGGGAAGAGCUGCGAAUCAAGGAGGAUCGUUUGAGAAUGAGGGCGCUAACCACUUUAGUUUUCUUUUGCCCCGUUGAAUCCCUUAGUUUUAAGGUGUACAAGGUUACUUAGGUGCGCUUCACGAGCGCGGACUUGUCGCGUGAGUGUUGGCGUCACGUGACUGCUUCGCUCUUUUGCGGUACCACAAUUCCUGGCUUAGUUUCCACGCGCGGAUUGUUCUAGCCGGCUGCAGUACACCGGGUGGAAUUGAAAUGUUCAUAAUGAAUAGCGUAGCGCGGGCGAAAUGUGGAGAUAGACAAGGCAAGGUGAAGCGCCGACCCCGAACAAGAUUUUAUUGCAGUGCUGUGUGAAUCCACAAACUACCACAGCUUGCGCACGCGCAUUGGUCGAGCUGCCUAGAGACAUGCAGAAAAUCUAAACAAGAACGACAGAAAACGUGUGGCAAAAUGAAGGCACGAAAGAGCCAACGCGCUCCAUUGCUUAUUUUUGUCAUGUGUCAUAAGAUAGCUGGGCCCUGUCUUUAUGUAUAUUUGUACCACACUGCAGCAAAGUGGUAUCUGAAUUCAUCGCUUUGUCUUGUCAGGCCUAUGCGUGUCUUUCUGUUUGCGCUAUUCUGGAUUUUCAACAUGGCCAUUCGUAUGUUCCUAAACCUUCAGUACGCCUUUUACCCGUUGGCUUUAACAUAACCUGCAGAGCUACAUUGGCAGAUGGUUUCGGAAUACUGCAUGCACUUGUGAAGCAGUCGGUAGUGCAUAAGCAAGUUAAAAGAUCGCGAGAUAUUAAGCGAAACUGGUUAGACUCAGCAUGCUUACGACAGAUUCACACUCAGGUACGAUAAAAAAAACAAAGACAGACAACGAUGCGUUACCGGUUUGCCGAUUCCUAAUGUAGUAGAUAGCCCUCUUGCUUCCGCUAUCAAUAGUGCCCCCAAGUGAUCAAGUUGCUCACUUGAUCGAAUGAACAUUUUGAAUUGAAAGGCUUCAAUUACUUUUUUUUUUGUGCGUGUGAUAGCUGAUUUACAAAUGCAAGUGCAGAGUGAAAAAAAAAACAACAACAAAGAAAACAGAAAAGGUCAUUUUUUUUUCCUGUGCCUCGUACCUUAUUUAUUUGCUACCCGCUACUAGACUACCUACUCAUGUUGCCGGAUGCAAUAAAAGAAUUAGAUCGAAUUUCGACUGCGAAGGUGAAGAAGAAAACGAGAAACAAUUUAAAUAACAUCGGUAAUCUUGUAUAUUACCCUUUUAAUCAUCACCUACCGCUACGUUCAUGCGCAUAGACACCACAAUUUCACUUUUAGGUUGUGUCAAAUAAUAGUCAGAAUUCUAAUUAAUUUCCUAUGCUUGAGCAAGAAGUGCGUGAAAUAUGAUCCAGUUCUUCCCGCAAAUAUUUAUUCAUGUGUUUGCCAACCGGCGCGAUAACAUUCUUGUCAGUCAACUCAUAUUUUCCAAUAGUCCAUUGUUCUGCAAAGCGCAAGAUUGUUCACUUAUCCAAAUACCAAAUGAACGUUUUCUUAGCACAAAAGUUAAUUCAAUGUCCAGUAGAUCUUUCCUCAUAGCGCAUAGCUUUCUUUUUUUUUUCAAGCAAACCAAAUGAGUUUCACAUUACUGGCAACGCACAAAUAACAGCACAAUCCUAAAACGAAGAGAACAUGUUUUCUGCCAUCUGUUACAUAUUAUAAGAAGGUUAUUUAGCUCAAAUGUCGUUUUUGAGCAAGUAUAAUGUCAUGAAACUCGUAGGAAAGCUUCAAAUCUCUAUACUGUGACCUCCGUUGAAGAAACAAACGGGCCGAAGAUGCUCUUGUGACGUCGAAAGACGUUAUUCGUCAAAUUCCUAUAAUCACAUAAGGGAACAUUGCGAAACGCGUAUUGUGUAUAACGAGAAGCUGAGUGAAUGCUAAUGUAUAAAAUCUCCCAAUUUAAAGGUAAGAGCGUCAUGGAGGCGUUUCCUCAUUUACUGUGUGGUUUAUUAUCUUAAGAUGUUGCCAAAUUUUGGACUCCGUGAAACUUAUUCAUCUCCUACUUAUUUGCACUCCUGCACCUCUAGACGUCGUAACCACGCUUGGAGAUCAUUGCGCCGCAUGAAACGCUCGUGAUACCUAACGAGGACUACAGAAGUCGUAGGCGUCAUCUCCUUUCUGCACUUCUUUUUUCCUGACACGUUUGUGAAGCUGCUAUACCGUGGAUCGCUCAGAAUACCUGUCAAUGAUAGCUUUUUUUUAUUUGAUGCCGCCAUUGAGUACGAUCAUGCCUACGAAGAAAGAAUUAAACAUUUCGGAUGACUGAAUAACAGGAAAGGAGGCUAUCAGGCGCGUUGGGAAGAUGUUUCGUGGAUGCUGCAGGGAUGUUGAAGAGAUGUUGCAGGGAUGUUGCAGUGCUGUAGCAGUGUUUUAGGGGUAAUGUGGGAAUGUUAUAGGGGUGUUCCAGGGGCAUUCUGAGAUGUUAACUUGUCUGAGAAAAGGCAAUAAAAAGAAUUCCUAAAAACUACAAUCACACAAAACGGUAUGCCAGCGAGUUUGAUUUAGCAAGGACACGAAUACUAAGUUGCGCUGUGUAGUUCUAACAGGACGCACAUGAAAAAAACACAAUCACGCGCACAACGAAGAAAAGGAAAAAAAAGACAUCAAGUACGCAUGCAUCUUUACAGUCAGUGCCACUUACUGGUUUUCGUUAGAUUUAUCUAUGUAACUUCUUUUGGUAGUUGUGCUUAACAGAAAGAAUACUGAGGCACAUCUCAAGAAAGUUGUAUCCAUCCAUCCAUGUCAGAUGUACAGCAAGCUUAAAGCCUCGAUGAUUUAUCCCAUCUACUCGAUUGCGCGAUGGUGCUUUCUUCGUAUUUGUCCUGUUACAACUAGGAAGUGCAAACAUAAGACCAACGAUCAAGACCAAACUAAUCCGAUACGCAAUUGUUUACGGAAAAGGCCUUCCUAUAAGUGCUGUGAGUGUUACAUGAAUUUUUACAUGAAUUUUUCAUAGGUAUUCAAGGGUGUUGAACGAUUGCGUCUGGCGUCCUUCACGGUGAUGUUUCGGGGUCACUGUAACACCAGACAAGCUACACCUGUGAAACGGCAUCGGAAAAGCCUCAGCGUCGCUAAGCGGCGAGCACAUGUUAUUGAGCGUAUCGAGCUUAAGUGUCUCAUAUAUGAAGGUUGCCAAGAAGGCGUCUUGACUACUCGUUGCCGGGCUAGUUGGUUGUUACUCGUUAUGGACGCCGAACUCUCUAUUAUUACUCUGCAUUGUUUCCCAUCCUACCUAUUGCUCCAUAAGAAGAUGCCUUCAACAUAAGUCAAAGCUUACAAGUUUGUAGAUGUGAAUGCACGCAGAUGGAGCAGGAAGCCACACGUUUAGGAGUGAAUGCUAGAAAGGAAAGAGAGGAGUGUGACUGCUUCACUUUUCUAGUUCCUUUUUCUCCUUCUUUACCAGCUGUUCUUCUCAGUGGUAGCGUUGGUGCCUUUAGGUUCACAUAGUCACAGGCACUCAGUUUCUCUGGAAUGCUAGACGAGGAUUUUAAUAACAAGGUUGUGGCGUGAAAACGUACCUAGGCUUUUUUUAAAAGCAAAUAUAAUGGAGCUGGAUAUAUUUACGCUUGACGAAAGUGACCAACAGAGUAAGCGGCAGCUUAGCUUCUGAGCUUAAGCGUCAGUAAGAAACCAAGACGCGAGGUUGUUAGCCGUAUGACGAUGUGUUCAAGUAAACGUAUCGCAGACACGUACAAGGCCGGUCAGUAGACCUUCCCCUAGUGUAGUUUUGCUUUGCGGUCGCAUUGCAGGCGCACUUGACAGAAGUGUCAAGCAUGACAGACAAACACGAAACCUUCUCCGAAAGCAACAAUGUUGCGUCGACAUACGCAUAGGGUUAAAGAAGUGACUUCUGCGAAUUGCUUCGUGAGACGCUUUCCAUAAAGUAGCAGGAUGCGUAUUGCGGUGCUACUUGAUAAUUAAAUCAAGCUUGAGUUGUUAGAAAAAGAGUGAUUAUACCAUAGUCGUAGAAAAUCGCGUAUAACUCGCUGUUCCUUGACAGAGUUUUGACGUGGCCCACGACCAAAUAUGAGCCUACUGACAGAAACGCACCGUGGUGGUGACAUUUGUAUUCCGAAAGUAGCUGACGUGCGCAUGACUAUAGCAUCAACUGUAUGAAGGAUGCGCCAAUAAACAUCGAAGGCGCAAAACACCAACUGAAGAAAGGAAAGUGUCUGUACAGCUUACGCGAUAAAAUAUUUCGCAUGCAGUGUAUGUCGAGGUCAAUAAGUCGGAGAGCGUGUUUCUCUUUUGCCCAAGCCACUAUAUACCCUACAGAUGUAAAGGCACGACCAAUGGUAGUAAAUGGUAUCGCGAGUUAUUAGAUGUAGUGUACCAACUCGCGUAAAUGACACAGUAUUUUUCAUUCGCAAAGGAAUAUUUUGAAUCGCGUGUAAUGGUUUUUGCGCACACGGACAAGGUGAGGCUCUUUGAUGCAGUUGUUGCUAUGUAACCUUGUAUAGAUAUCUGUACGUAUGACUUAUGUGCCCCUCUAAUAAACUCUCGCACUAAACCCACAGUGAUAAAGUGUUUGCCAUGGAUCCCUACGUAAGGUAGAUUAAUCUCCGCUGAAACCUGUGUUAUUAUUUCAUACUCUUGAGUGAAGUUAUAAAGUGACAAAGUAGUGCUGCCCUAUGUACUUCCACAUAUGCUAAGUUUGGCGCUCUUUGACCUGGCCCUUUCGCCAUAACGCCCCAUACAUCAUCAUAUGCUGAUAUGUCUUUAUUAAUUCAACGAAAUCUACAAACGCUGUUAUGAGUUAGUACGCGUUUCCUUUAUUUAGCAUUGCAAUAUAUUUUCUUUAGAAAAGUAAACGUAUGGUGCGUGAAUCGUUGAGCUAGUUUGCAACCAUGAAAAUUUCUAGUACUUGAUUCUGCAGAUUCAAACUUUUGUGUUAGCCGCAACCUUCAAUUAUCUUUUCUUUUCUUGCAACACUCAGUGAGACACAACCAAGUAGAAAAAUAUGGUAACGUUCAUUACAUUGAAAAGUAUUGAAUGGCCCAACCAUAGUGCGUUGAAAAGGAGGCAGCCUUCCAGGGCCCUAGAAACACGAGACUAAGUUUCACUCUUUGCGAAGCAGGGCAUCAAAACGUCAAGUUGUUUAGAGCAUUCACACAUUUGUCAUAUUAUAAACGUGUCUUACGUAAACAAGCAUUCCCUUCAAGUUUUUAUAUUUCUGCGCACAUUUGAAAAAAUAAUUUUGGGGAAAAGAAAAGCAGUUAGACAAAAAGUAAAACAAGAUGCGUCAGCAUUCCUCACGAUGUCCUUGUGAUUAGCGUUUAUGCUGUUCGUUCUUUAUACCGAAUUUACAAUGUUGUAAGCGUUAAAGUCGACGCUUACUAAAUUUGUUAUUUUUAUGAAAAGUGGCACCUCACUGCUGGAUGUUAACUGCUUAUUUUCCUCGUAUCAUUAGACGAAGCCAUUUCCCCCCAAGGGCAUGUAUAAGGAGCAGAUACUUCCAGCUUACUCUUUUAUUGUGUUCUGAAGCAAACUAACUCGACUAUUUCUUUUGGUCAUGUACUAUAAGCCGUCUACCGUGGAACGCGUCUUGUUGAUAUAUAGAGAUCACAAGAUUACGGAAUUUAACUAGUUGUUAUGGAAUUCUUGCUGAAUGCCACAACGGUUCACAUUUAAAUAUAUUAGUGAUGGCGCUAUAUUUGUUUAAUUUUUUUUUCUGCUCUCUGUGAUUGUUACUUCUUGUGUGAUUCUCUGCGUCCGUGUUCUUUCUCGCUAUUGUUCUUA